CAGCCCAUGAGCGGAGUGCUGGGGUGUGGGGGCGAUUGCUGGCUGCACAGCUGGCUCCGGGCUGCUCCAGCUCCCAGCAGUGGGCAGUAGCAUGUCCGCCGAGCUGCGCACUAUGGCGGCAGCUGUGGAAGUUAACGGGAGUACGAGUUGCAGCGGUAGCAGCGACACUUCCAGUACCGGAGAGGAGGAGAGAAUGAGGCGCCUGUUUCAGACGUGCGAUGGGGACGGCGACGGAUACAUAAGCAGAAACGAUUUGAUGAUGGUGUGCCGCCAGCUUAACAUGGAGGGAUCUGUUGCGGAGAUCAUGCACCAGCUCGGAGCAGAUGAAAGUGGGAAGAUCUCUUUCCAAGACUUCACUCGGUGCCGCAUGCAGCUCGUGCGGGAAAUCCAGAAGGAGGAAGUGGAUCUAUCCGAUGACUCCUGCAAAAAUAAAAAACUUCGGGGUAGAAUCACCUCAUGGCCAACUGGAAGUGAAAACAGCAUAGGGGCCUUUUCUGGAGCAAGGGAGAGCUGGGAAUAUGACUCGGGGGCACGGGAUCUUCAGAGUCCUGACCCACAGAACCAUUCAAUCAUGCAGAAAUUUCUGGAAUUUGGGAGCAAAGCUACAACACAAGCAGCACUGCAAAAACUUCUUUCUCAGACUUCCAGUUCCAGCAAUAACAUGGGUGGAAGCUAUCUAGAACUUGCCAACACACUCCAUUUAGCAGCCCUGGCUUCUUUAAGGGGAGAUAUAGUAGAGUUAAACAAGCGCCUUCAGCAAACAGAGCGGGAGAGAGACAUGCUGGAGAAGAAGCUUGCCAAGUCACAGUGUGAACAGGCACAUUUAAUGAGGGAGCAUGAAGAUGUUCAGGAGAGGACAACAUUACGUUAUGAGGAGCGAAUAACAGAGCUACACAGCAUUAUAGCUGAACUAAAUAAAAAGAUUGAUCGACUUCAAGGGACAACCAUAAGGGAGGAAGAUGAAUAUUCUGAGCUACGGUCAGAACACAGUCACAGCCAACUUGAAACCAAUGACGACUCACGCAGUAUGGACCAAGACCAAACCUCAGUGUCAGUUCAAGAAAAUCAGUCCACUAUGGUUACUGUAGAUAUGGACACUUGCAGUGACCUGAACUCUGAGCUCCAACGGGUGCUGACGGGCCUAGAGAAUGCCAUAUGUGGAAGAAAGAAGAGCAGCUGCAACUUGUCUGUCGCAGAUGUGGACCGACACAUUGAACAGCUCACCACUGCCAGUGAACACUGCGACCUUGCCAUCAAGACUGUAGAAGAGAUAGAGGGGGUUCUUGGACGGGACUUGUACCCUAACAUUGCAGAGGAAAGAUCACGUUGGGAGAAAGAGCUGGCAGGCCUCCGGGAAGAAAAUGAGAGCCUCACUGCAAUGCUGUGCAGCAAAGAGGAGGAUCUCAACAGGACCAAAGCUACAAUGAACGCUAUCCGUGAAGAGAGGGAUAGGCUACGCAGAAGGGUGCGUGAAUUACAGACCCGGUUGCAGAGUAUCCAGGCAACAGGUCCCUCCAGCCCUGGCCGCCUCACUUCAGCAAGCCGACCAGUCAACCCCAGCACUGGAGAACUAAGCACGAGCAGCAGCAGCAAUGACAUUCCCAUCGCCAAGAUUGCUGAGCGGGUUAAGCUGUCAAAGACACGGUCGGAAUCUUCUUCAUCAGAAAGGCCUGUGCUGGGUUCAGAAAUCAGCAGCAUUGGGGUAUCCAGCAGUGUGGCAGAACAUUUAGCACACUCACUACAAGACUGCUCCAAUAUCCAAGAGAUCUUCCAGACUUUAUACUCUCAUGGCUCUGCCAUCUCCGAGAGCAAGAUCAGAGAAUUUGAGGUGGAGACAGAAAGGCUAAAUAGUCGCAUUGAACACUUAAAAUCCCAGAAUGAUUUGUUGACGAUAACGCUGGAGGAGUGCAAGAGCAACGCUGAGAGAAUGAGCAUGCUAGUGGGAAAAUAUGAAUCCAAUGCAACGGCCCUAAGGCUGGCACUUCAGUACAGUGAGCAAUGUAUCGAGGCAUAUGAACUGCUGCUAGCCCUUGCUGAGAGCGAGCAAUCCCUUAUCCUUGGCCAGUUCCGAGCUGCAGGAGUCGGAUCUGUAGCAGAAUCAGGGGAUGAGAACGUGACCCAGAUGCUGAAAAGGGCGCACGACUGCAGGAAGACAGCGGAGAAUGCAGCAAAGGCCUUGCUUAUGAAGCUGGAUGGCAGCUGUGGAGGAGCUUUUGCUGUGACAGGUUGUAGUGUGCAGCCCUGGGAGAGUUUGUCAUCAAACAGUCACACGAGUACUACAAGCUCAACAGCCAGCAGCUGUGACACAGAAUUUACUAAAGAAGACGAGCAGAGACUGAAGGAUUACAUUCAGCAGCUGAAGAAUGAUCGGGCAGCUGUCAAACUCACCAUGUUAGAACUGGAGAGCAUUCACAUAGAUCCUUUAAGUUAUGAUGUCAAGCCACGAGGCGACAGCCAGAGACUCGACCUGGAGAAUGCUGUCUUAAUGCAAGAGCUUAUGGCCAUGAAGGAGGAAAUGGCUGAGCUGAAAGCACAGUUGUACCUGCUGGAGAAAGAGAAAAAAGCUCUAGAGCUGAAGCUUAGCACGCGAGAUGCUCAGGAACAGGCCUACCUGGUACACAUCGAGCACCUCAAGUCAGAAGUGGAGGAGCAAAAAGAGCAAAGAAUGAGAUCACUCAGCUCCACCAGCAGCAGCAGCAAGGACAAGUUGGGAAAGGAUUCCACAGAGGGUUCUGCCUUGUCUUUGUCAGAGUUGAGAACAUACAAUGAAAGUGAACUUGCCUCAGAGCUCACAAGUGCACUCAGAAGGGAGAAGAAGCUGAAGUCUCGGGCUCAGGAGUUAGUGAGCGCCUUAGAGAGACUCACGAAGAGCAGUGAGAUCCGGCAUCAGCAGUCAGCAGAGUUUGUCAAUGACUUGAAGAGAGCCAACAGCAACCUGGUGGCAGCCUAUGAGAAGGCAAAGAAGAAGCAUCAGAAUAAACUGAAGAAACUAGAAUCGCAGAUGAUGGCGAUGGUGGAGCGCCACGAGACGCAAGUGCGCAUGCUGAAACAGAGAAUAGCUUUACUGGAAGAGGAGAACUCCAGACCUCACACCAAUGAGACCUCACUGUGAACCCAACAAACACACACAGUCUAUGUGCCAUUGCAAGCCUAUGUGGGAUCCACACUGCAAUACAGAGUGGCAGUUAAUUGCCUUUAUUUAAAGGUUUUAUCAGGAGGAAAGUGCAGUUGCCAUGCAGCGCCUGUAGGGGGGCCAGCAAUACACAAACUCCUCUGUAUGAAAUACAAUGACUUCUCUACAUAAAGACUUCAUCUCCUAACCAAAGUCAUUGGAGUGUAUCAGUGGGACAGAGCAAGGGGAAGGACUGGCACAGACUCCCUCCUGUUACUUUCUGUUUGUUAGACACUGGUAUGUGCCAAACAAUGUCGGCCCCUGUGCAGAUGGAAUGGCGCUGCUGUGCAUAAGGCUCAGGGGCCACGUGGGGUCUGACAUCGGAGACUUUCAUUGCUCUAAAGCGAAGAUGCACCUUCAUUUUGUUUCACUUUAAGAAUGACUGAACUCUCUUUAUAGCUGUGAGGACACUGCAAGGUGCUGUCCCAGGAUCAUUACCAGCAAAUAAUUAUGGUUUUUCCUACUUUUGUAGAGCAGUGUCUGCCCUGCAGUUGCUGUACUACAACUCUCCGCAUUAGUCUUUAAGGGGUUGCAGUUCAAAAACUGGAUGGACAUGGCGGACUCCCCCGUAGCAAACCUAUGCUGGUGUGUAGCUAGUCUGCCUAAGCCGUGUCAGGUGGCCAUACCUGAGGCUGAUUUACAAACCUAGAUGCUAAAAUGCACUUUCCAGUAGCAACCAAUCAGUAAUGUGCUUUAGUUUACCACAAAUUAGAAGAAGAAAUAUAAUACUGGCUGAAAUCAGAAAGAAAAUAAAUACCUGAUUGGUUGAUUUUGGCAAAUGUGCUGCAAUUUAUCUCCUUUGUUUUUUUAAAUCAGCCCCAGUGCCCUUUAGCUGUAUUCCACACAAAACACUUUGCUGCCCUCUUCAGAUCACUGUGAGUAGAAUUGCUUGGAUUCCUUUACCUGGAAGCUGCCAUACUGGAUUUAUAGUUUAUUUCUUUUUCUUAAUGAGUUUGAUGUUGCCCUGUGUCACUCUAAUACCCAUUAGGUGGGUCACAUGCUGCCAAUCUAUGUGCAAUACUGCCAUGUUAUAAGUGGUGGGCCAGCAAUUGUUCUACAGAUACAGAGCACUUCUGUGCAUUUUGCCACAUCUCCUUGCCAUACCAAGAUUGAAAAUAUACAAUAUAUAUAAUGAAUAUCCCAGUACUAUAAUACAUAGGUUAUACUUUCCCCUUCAUGAAAUGUACCUGGAUAUCAGUGAUAAAAGCAUAGCCAAAAUAGAGGGCCCCAAGGGGCCAUUUUAGUUUGUGUGCUCAUCUUGCACAUGUGUGGGGCCCCAUUAUUUGUAGCAGUAGCCUCUGUGCGAUCCCCAGGCACAGCAAGCAGUGGUGUGAGCAGUAGAUACAAGGGGCUUGGGGUAACAGACAGGAGAUGCUGAAGUCUGUGAGUAGGAGUUAUAUUUACUUAUAGGCUAUACUGCUGCUUGUAUAACAGCCCCAUUCUGUGCCACUUACCUCUGCUGUAGAACAGCCAUUACAUAAUAGGAUAGCAUGAAACAGGCUUGACUCCUGAGCUGUGAAUGAUGGUUGAUGAUGAGUUGUAGUUUUAUUGCCAGUGGAUGGCGCUAGCUGCUUCAGCUUGUAUGCUAGGCUCUUAUUGGUGCUACUAAAUGCAUCCGCUGUUUGCAAUACUCUUAUACACUGCAAAACUGCACAGAACCUUAGCGUUCAUUGUUACGGCUAAAUAAAUAUCUGCUAUUUGCAGAUUUUAGUGGCAGAUUUUCUGCCUGCAUUGAAUCUGCUGGGAAUACCUUCCCCUUCAGAAUCUCCUGGUCUGUAAUGUAAAUAGGCAAAUACCGAAGGCAGGGUAGGUUGGCAGAGCAAUUCAUUUUUGGUUAUUUCAUUAUCCAAGUAACGUGCCAUGCUGUGUGCCAUCCUGCUGGGGGUAUAUGCAGUGAGUGUGGCAGCACUAGUGUUGUGCCAGGAGGUAUGCCCGCACAGUUCUGUUAGGGAAUUUCAUUCUAGAAAUCUAGCAGUGACCAACAUGUAAAGCUGGCAGGAAACACUUGGUACAUGCACAUUUGUCUGCACUACUGGCUACUAUUGCCCAUAAUGGGAAUCGACCAGACACACAUACACUGCUGCUUUUUUGUUACUGUCGGAUGUUUCCAUCUCCAGAGAAAUGGUUGUUUAGCACCAUAAGCAUUAAGUUAUGGCAGGAUGGUCUAUGGGUGUGACAGUAGCUCUGUCUUUUAUUCUGAUUGGUGUUUUGAUGAUCAUGGCGGCAGUUCUUGGGAAUCUCCCAGUAUUCUGAUUUCCUGGCCAGCAGUUGCUAGAUCUGGCAACUUUGUGACAUCCUGUGCUUCGUUAGACAUUUAUUUCAUUCUGGGCAAGUUUCUUCCGUAGCGAGGAUCCCCAUAAUCGGGCCUUCUGAGGGUUGUGUUCCUGCAGCACCACAUGUCGGAUUGACCUCUUCUAUAUUAAAUUUAAGAGCACUUUUUAAGUAGUUAGUAAAUAAAUGUUUUGCUCAGUAUUACAUGUUAACUCCUGCCACACACAGGUUACAUAUAGACUCCAUCAUUCUGCCUGCCUGUGUACACACUUGCCUAUUAGUACAUCUCACAAGUGCCAUCACUUCUCUAUGAAACCCAGUGCAACAUUAACCCUCAGAGAGCCAUGCCAUGGGAAGGUUUGCCAGUUACUUUGGUUCCCAAGCCAGUGGCAAGCGUGGUACCUGGUAUUAUCAAACUGUGAACUAGUUCUUCAGACGUUCCCUGGCACAGUUAGUGCUACACACCACUCAUUGGCCCUAUCCCUGUAAAAGCUCAGACCCAGAAUCCCAAAAUAUAGUUUCCCAUUAAGAUUAUUUCCUUUUUGCCUGCUGCUAGCAAAUGCAAUGUAUGCUAAUGAAAGGAGAUGUAUUGGAUAAUGUUUCCUUUUAAUGCUAUGGUGAAAAAAAAUACAAUUACAGUAAAUUCUAAAAAAAAAAGAGGUUCCUACAAACCCAGUUUUGCAAGGAGGCCUUAAGGUGGGGACCUCUGGUCCAUAUCACUGAGGAAUCAUGGGAAACAGAGGGGACUCAUGUACUGGCCCCAACAUGGGGAGGUGCUGGAGGGCACUAGUAUAGUAGACUGGAAUGGCUGAGUAGCCACAGGAACCUUAGCUGUACCAUAUGCAGGAUACAGGCAGUUUGGCUAUGGUGGUGGCACACAUAACACUGGCAGAAAUAUGGAAGGGGGUUCAGGGACAAGGGAUCAUGUGGCCUGGUGUGUCCCAUACUAAUGAUUACAGUAAAUCAGGCAGAUACAUCCUAAGGGAAUACCCGGCCAUUAAAAAGGGCUCAGGGUAAAGCAGUGCCUCAUUUAUUCUCUCCAAGAGAUUCUCCUUUAUCAUCUCUGAAACCUUUGCUCCUCUUUUCCUGUUCUUGAGGGGCGGUUACAUAAAAAAAAUCUGUUAUUCAUUUUGUUUAUUCAUAUUUUAUAGUGUUUUGUUACAGUGUCAGCCUCAGCCAAUCAGAAUGUAUGUUACAGUGUCAGUAUUCAGUCUUGCCAUGGAAUUGGUAUGGUAAUACUGCCAAGUCAUAGAAUGUCAUUGGGUAAUUCAUGAUCUGAUGCCUUCCUUCCAUUCCCAGCCUAUGUCCAAUGGCCAUUUUAUUCAUUUGAUAAAAAAGAAUAAAAAAAAAAAACUUCAUUUAUUUAUACAGAGCAAUUUAUAAUAUGUUUAUUUUACAAAUGUUCUUAUAUUCGGAAUAAAUACUUCGUAUGUGUAAA